UGAAGCUCGGACGUUUCUGAUUUCCCGAGCAACUUUGUCGAUGACGGCGACAGCAUGGCCUGCAAUUGAGCCUCCCACCGCGCCUGCCACCGCUCCCUACCGCCGGCAAUGCUUGUCAGAAGACAUGUGCCGCUCCUCGAGUCGACCCUGAGAGCCCGCGGCCUGCGCCCGCUGCUAGCCUCGCAAUGCACCCGCCUGCGCUUCUCCACGGCGCCGGCCCACCCUGAGCGCAUUGCGGUGCUCGGUGGGGGCAUUGCCGGCCUCUCGAGCGCCUACUUUGCGUCCAAGGAGUUCCCCAACAGCCGCAUCACCGUCUACGAGAGCGGCGACGAGACGGGCGGCUGGAUCCGGAGCAAGCGCGUGCAGGUGCCGGGCGGCGAGGUCAACUUCGAGUCGGGGCCGCGCACGCUGCGCAAUGCCACCAUCACCGCGCAUCUGGUCGAAGCGCUGGGCCUCGCCGGCGACCUCGUCUUCACCAAGCGCACCGACCCUGGCGCCCUGAACCGCUUCAUAUACUACCCGGACCGCCUCAACCGUCUGCCUGCCCCCACCGGCAUCUCCGCCGCCGAUGUCUUUUCAUUGUGGCGCAGCGGCAUGCUCGAAGGCGCCGUGGGCAUGCUCAAAGAGCCUAUGCAGCCCAAGCGCUCCGUGUCCGUCAGUGACGAGACCGUUGGCUCCUUCCUGGCGCGCCGCGUGGACGAGAAGCUCGCCAACAACGUCGUCUCCGCUGUCUUCCAUGGCAUCUACGCCGGAGACAUCUGGCAGCUGAGCGCCAAGACACUGCUCGCUAUGGCCUGGCAGCUCGAGGACCGCUAUGGCACUGCACUCGGUGGCUACUUGCGCAUGCAGAGGGAAAGCCCCAGCGGCGAGUUCCAGGCCAUCGCUCACCCAUACGACGCUGAACUUGCGGCAAGCAUACAGAACGAAAUUCACAUCAGGACCGAUAUCUAUAGAAAGUUCAAAGACGCGAGCGUCUUCAGUUUCAAGGAUGGUCUGCAGACCCUUGUGAAAGGGCUGCAAGCUGCCAUGAAGAACACUGGCAAUAUCGAUAUCAAGCUCAACAGCCCUGUUUCGUCGUUCAAGAUGGUUGAAGGGGACGCCCAACAGGUCGAGAUCAUCGCAGGCUCCGACGCCAACAAGACCACCGAAAACUACGACGUCGUCAUCUCCACGCUCCGCAACGCAGAGCUCACUCCCUACGUCACCGUCAUGACCGUCAACCUCUACUUCGAGAACCCCAACCUACUCACCGCCGAAGGCUUCGGCUAUCUGAUCCCCCAGUCCAUCCCCUUCGAGCAGAACCCCGAGCGCGCUCUCGGCGUCAUCUUCGACAGCUCCGCCAUCAAGGGCCAGGACACCGCUCCCGGCACGAAACUCACCGUCAUGAUGGGCGGCCACUGGUGGGACGGCUUCGAAGGCUUCCCCACGGAAGAAGAGGGUCUCCGCAUGGCCCGCUCAGUCGUCGGGCGCCACCUCGGAAUCUAUGACGCGCCUCUCGCGCACCACGUCAACCUCAGCAAAGACUGCAUCCCGCAGUACACACUCGGCUACGAAGACCGUUUGAAGGCGUUCGCCUCGUCGCUCCAGGAUGAGUUCAAAGGCAGACUGCGCGUUGUAGGCAACCAGUUCAACGGCGUAGGGGUCAACGAUUGCAUCACCGGCGCGUGGAGCGUGGCAAGGGGUCUUAGGGGCGACGGGUGGAAGAGCAGAGACUGUGGAUUGGGCAGGGUGCAGGAUAGUAGGCCGUGGCGCGUGCUGAAUGCGAAGGACAUGGUGUAUUCGGACCCGGGUGUGGACGACGAACCCUAAAACUGGUAGAAUCAAGAAUGUAUAAGUACUGUGUCCAGGUGUGUUUUCGAGCUCGCAAAGUUUGCUGCCUUGCGUUUGCUGCAUUGCCCGUCGCAAUUCGCCUCCCCUGCUGCACUCUUCGCCCAACGAAUUCUUUUUCACCAUGUGGUCCUGGGAUCCUUGUUCGAUUGCACUGUG